UACCUGUUUGUGAGCCUGCCAUAGGCAUUCUCUCGAGCCAGCCUCAUCGAUUUGCAUCAUCCGUCCCCUCUGAAUUAUUUUCAGGCAUCUAUCCACUCUCAUGUGAGUAGCUACACGGGUUUGAGACUAUAGAGUGAGAUCCUAAUGCUUAAUCUCCUGGGUUUAUCAUCCACCAUGGACGCGGUAGGGUGGAGAGGAUUGCUCUACUCAAUCUCCAUUCUCAAUUUUGUUUUGGUCUGCCAGCUCAUUCUCCUUCAACCCCUGGUUUCCUGUUCAGAGGGAAAACCUGGAAAUGCUGCUGAGUUAUUUGAGAGGGUGUCACAGAGUAUAAAAGUUAAACGUUAUACUGAGGCGCUUGAUGAUUUAAAUGCUGCCAUUGAAGCAGAUCCAACCCUUUCAGAAGCAUACCUUCGCCGUGCAUCACUUCUUCGUCAAAUAUGCAGAUACAAGGAAUCUGAGGGGAGCUACAGAAAGUUUUUGGAGCUUAAACCUGGAAAUUCAGCAGCGGAAAAGGAGCUCUCUCAAUUGUUGCAGGCUCAAAGUGCUCUAGAAACAGCUCAGUCAUUCUUUGAUUCAGGCAACUUCUCAAAAUCCUUGGAAUACAUCAAUAAAAUUGUACUUGUUUUUUCUCCUGAAUGCUCGAAGGCUAAGCUUUUAAAAGUAAAGUUGUUGGUAGCUGAUAAAGACUAUGAAGGGGCCAUUGCAGAGUCUGGAUUCAUUCUUAAGGAAGAUGAGAAUAAUUUGGAGGCAUUGUUGUUUCGGGGGCGUGCAUACUAUUAUUUAGCUGAUCAUGAUGUUGCCAUGAGGCAUUACCAGAAAGGCCUCCGCCUAGACCCUGAGCACAGUGAACUGAAAAAAGCAUAUUUUGGAUUGAAAAAUCUACUGAAAAAGAGUAAAAGUGCUGAAGAUAAUGUGAGUAAGGGUAAACUGCGUUUGGCUGUUGAGGAAUUCAAAGCAGCACUGGCAGUUGAUCCUAAUCAUCUUGCACAUAAUAUACAUCUUCAUCUUGGUUUAUGUAAAGUUCUGGUGAAGCUCGGUAGGGGAAAAGAUGCUUUGGACAGUUGUGAUGAAGUUCUUAAGAUCAAUGAGGAACUAGUUGAAGCUCUUGUUCAGAGGGGAGAAGCUAAACUUUUAACAGAGGAUUGGGAGGGAGCAGUGCAAGAUCUGAAAUCAGCGGCUCAAAAAUCUCCUCAGGAUACGAAUAUUCGUGAAGCUUUGAUGAGGGCUGAGAAAGCUUUGAAGAUAAGCAAGCGCAAAGAUUACUACAAGAUUCUGGGAAUUUCAAAAAUGUCUUCUAUGGCUGAGAUAAAACGUGCCUACAAGAAACUUGCUUUGCAAUGGCACCCUGAUAAGAACGUGGACAACAAUGAAGCAGAGGCUAAAUUCCGAGAAAUUGCUGCUGCAUAUGAGGUUCUUAGUGACGAAGAUAAACGUACCAGAUAUGACAGGGGGGAAGACAUUGAAGACAUGGGAAUGGGUGGGGGAGGCGGAGGUUUCAACCCCUUUGGUGGUGGGGGCCAACAGUUCACCUUUCAUUUUGAGGGAGGCUUCCCCGGUGGCUUCGGUGGAGGCUUUCCUGGCGGCGGCGGCGGCGGCUUUGAGUUUCAUUUUUGAUUGAUGAUCACGGAAAGCUGCGGGCAUUCAUUGAAGAGUCCAAAAAUGAUGUGACUAAUUUCUAACGGUUGUUGAGAUACUUAGUUAGGCCAUCUGCGGAGGCUUGUAAGAUAAGAAACGGGUUUAGAGAUGAUGUUGCGGGCAAAAAAAAAAAAAAGAGAUGAUGUCUGUAGAAAAUUUUGUUUGGACCUGCUUUAUGCAGAAAGUGAUGUGCCUGGCAACCAUAAUUCAUUUGGAUUGAAAUA